CGGGGAGGGCGAGCGCAUCGCAACGAUCCAGUGAGCUCUUGGAAGCAGGCUGGGCACGCCGAUCGUGCUCCCCGUCGCUCCAGAUUCUUGGGGUCUUGCUCCCUCUUUUUUUUUUUUUUUCGGUCCGGGAGGAUUGGGGAUCCCGGGCCCACGCACCGCCCCUCCGAGGUCCGGAGGUCGCGCGGAGCUGGGAGUGGUGUGACCAUGGCCGUGAGGAGGGACUCCGUGUGGAAGUACUGCUGGGGAGUUUUGAUGGUUUUAUGCAGAACUGCGAUCUCCAGAUCGAUAGUUUUAGAACCUAUCUAUUGGAAUUCCUCCAACUCCAAAUUUCUACCUGGACAAGGACUGGUACUAUACCCACAAAUAGGAGACAAACUGGAUAUUAUUUGCCCAAAAGUGGACUCUAAAACUGUUGGUCAAUAUGAAUAUUAUAAAGUUUAUAUGGUUGAUAAAGACCAAGCAGACAGAUGCACUAUUAAGAAGGAAAAUACUCCUCUCCUCAACUGUGCCAGACCAGACCAAGAUGUAAAAUUCACUAUCAAGUUUCAAGAAUUCAGCCCUAACCUCUGGGGUCUAGAAUUUCAGAAGAACAAAGAUUAUUACAUUAUAUCUACAUCAAAUGGGUCUUUGGAGGGCCUGGAUAACCAGGAGGGAGGGGUGUGCCAGACAAGAGCCAUGAAGAUCCUCAUGAAAGUUGGACAAGAUGCGAGUUCUGCUGGGUCAGCCAGGAAUCAUGAUCCAACAAGACGGCCAGAACUGGAAGCUGGUACAAAUGGAAGAAGCUCAACCACGAGUCCCUUUGUAAAACCCAAUCCAGGUUCUAGCACAGAUGGCAACAGUGCCGGACAUUCUGGUAACAAUAUCCUUGGUUCCGAAGUGGCCUUAUUCGCAGGGAUUGCUUCAGGAUGCAUCAUCUUCCUCGUCAUCAUCAUCACUCUGGUGGUUCUUCUAUUGAAGUACCGGAGAAGACACCGGAAGCACUCACCACAGCACACGACCACACUGUCGCUCAGCACGUUAGCCACGCCAAAGCGCAGUGGCAACAACAACGGCUCCGAGCCCAGUGACAUUAUCAUCCCAUUAAGGACUGCAGACAGUGUCUUCUGCCCCCACUAUGAGAAAGUCAGCGGGGAUUAUGGGCACCCCGUGUACAUAGUCCAAGAGAUGCCCCCUCAGAGCCCCGCAAACAUUUACUACAAGGUCUGAGAGAGCCCUGGCGGUACCUUGGUUUUCCCAGAGGGAACUUCCUGGGCCGAUGCUUCCCGUUGGGGCUUUGAUGACACCUUGUGCUCUGGACCUGACUGAAGCACAGUCAGCGAGAGGGACCGCUCCUUCUCGGAAGAGCCUUGUUGAGUUGGACAGUUUACCUAGUCUGUAGAAUUCCAGCCUUGGUGAGUAAAACUGCUCACUGAACGCUGGGAGACUGUGUGUAGAGAAGAUACCCAUUCGGAUUGCUGUACUCUUAUUACGUGUCUCCUCCUCUAAGCCAUGUGCUGCAGUAAUUUCAGGCAGACCCAAAAGCCAAGGGAAGACAGAGUGGUUUGUGGACAGGAGCACUGAGAGCAUCCUGGGAUAGGCGCCCUAGGAUGCCACACUCGGAAAUGCAGUCCUCGGCCGCUGCCGUGCCUCUCUCGGUGCAUACUGGACUUGUCACACAGACCUCUGGCUAAGUAAGGCUUUCAAGAUCUCUAGCUUUUAGUCCAUCACUGUUACACUCCUUCUGUUACCCAGGGCUCUGCAGUACUUCACAUGAGAUUCCCUUCCACUCUCCAUCCCGCCUCACUAAUGGAACAUUAAUGCGUGGAGUUCUCCACUCCAUCCAUUUGCAGCCACCGCCACAGUUGAAUGGGUAGUACAUUUGCAGAGAUUGUGUUUGCUAAUAAGGAGCCUUCCAGCCAGAAGCUAGGCUGUCAGCCGAGAAAGACAAGGCGUUCGUGGAUGGGGGUGGGGUGGGGGAAAGGGCUGACUGCAAUGGCAGUUUAAACACUGCUGCCUCUGAAGCGGAAAAGUUGGCGAGAAGAAAACAGAAACCAUUAGGUAGCACGGCACUUUGGUUUGGCUGAGAUCAAAGAAGCAAGGAGUGGAGACACAGCAACACACGCAGUGGAUUAAGGUGCAUUGAAGGAAUUCACCGUAUCAAUAGCAGUGUCCGGAGGAAAACAGUACCUCUUGGUUGGUCUGGUAGAACAAAAGGGGUAUUGUUGGUAGAGGAACAGGCUUGGAGGGAAGGGAGAAAGUAGGCCGCUGGUGAUCAAUUCGGGCAGGACUUGUGGUACUGGCAAUAAGCUCUACAGCUCUGAAGCUGUAGGAAAGUCAGUCUGCUUUGGAGGGUGUUUUGAGCAGACUCAGCUGCUAUACUUAUCACAUUUUAUUAAACACAGGGAAAGCAUUUAGGAGACUAGCAGAGAGCCAAAUCUGACCUAGGAGUUGAAAAGCCAAAGGUCAAACAGGCUGUAAUUCCAUCCUCAUUGACGUGAUUAAAGAUUUCUCAUAUAUAAAAGGUAGGUCAGAUUCCACCCCGCCCCCAUGCCCCCUCGG